CGGGCUGCGGCUGGAGCGCCACACCAAGGAGCAGAUCCUGGAGCUGCUGGUGCUGGAGCAGUUCCUGGCCAUCCUGCCGCGCGAGGUGCAGGCCUGGGUGCGUGCCCAGGAGCCUGAGAGUGGCGAGCAGGCCGUGGCCGCUGUGGAGGCACUGGAGCGGGAGCCUGGGAGACCAUGGCAGUGGCGCAAGCACUGUGAGGACCCCGUGGUGAUUGAUGACGGGGACAGCCCUCCUGACCUGGGCCCGGGGCAGGGCCAGCUGAGCGACCCUGCAAAGAGCCAGGAUGCCCAGCCCAUGGCCCUGGGCCUCAGCCGACCACCUGGCCAGCUCUGCGAGGGUCCAGCUCCGCAGGAUGCGUGCCUUCUGGAGGAGGACAGUGUGGGGGAUGCGCAGCAGGUGGCCACCUUCCCGCUGCCCCCGACUCGCGCAUCCCCGUUUAAGGACAUGAUCCUGUGCUUCUCUGAGGAGGACUGGUCCCUCCUCGACCCUGCGCAGACGGGCUUCUAUGGAGAGUUCAUCAUCGGCGAGGACUGUGGGGUCUCCGUGUCCCCGGACGAUCCUGAGGCCCAGCCGGCCCUCUCACCAUCAGAGGACAGCGAGCCCCGGGUCCCAGAGCUGCCAGAGCUGCAGGGCAGGGAGGCGCCCCAGGCUCCCUACUCCUCCGACUUCCCUGGACUCCAGCCAUUCCCAGUGGAGGAGAGGAGCAGGUGGGAGGAGCUGCAGGUACCCGAGUUCCAGGCCUGCCAGGCACCCGUGCUUGCUCAGAGCACCUGCCCAGCCACGCCCAGCCCCGCACCCUUGGAGGACGGCCUGGAAGAGGAGGUGACCAUCGAGAUUGUGCUGUCUGGCUCUGGUGACGAGGAGGAGCGCGGCACCGGGGCGCGUGGGGCCCAGGCUAAGGCGUACGUGUGCCCAGACGCCAAGGACCCCGCAGAUGCCAAGGACAGCGGGGACCGGGACAGGCCAGGCGCACGCCGCCGCGAACCCCCGCAGGACCACGCGUUGCGCUGCCGCUACUGCGCCAAGAGCUUCGGACAGAACUGUGGGCUCCUGCGGCACGAGCGCCUGCACAUGAAGCGCCGCUCCAAGCAGGCGCUCAACUCCUACUGA